AUGCUGCGUGUUAUCCGGAAAAGACUGGCUUCCCCCUCGCUCGUUCCGAGGGGGUCAGCCCACCGGCUAGCCUCGGCAUCAGCUCUCUCAAGCUCGCAGCCCGCCUCGCUCGCUGUCGAAGAGCCAUACGGACAAGCUUACGGUGCUGGGCCCUCCCGCCUCCCAUACAUCAACCCCUCAGCGGCUGGUCCAGCUCCUGACCACCCACCACUGCUGCCCACCCGGACCCGCCGCGAAAUCCUCCUAGCCACACGCGAGCUCCGACGUGUCCUAUCCAUCUCCCAAUCCAUCGGGCAAUAUGCCAACCCCACCAUCUUCUCACACCACCUCCGCAAGGCCGAUCUCCGCUUUACGACUGAGAUGUCCCGGCUCGAACUCCACGCGGUGAUCCACCACCUCAUGCGUCUCGGGCGCUCCACCCUCGCCCUUGGCAUCAUCACCCAAGUGAUCGAUUCCGGCGCCGCAUCCCGUCCUCAGAUCCGGCAUCUCUUUUCGCAGCGCACACUACGCAUGCUUCUCCUGUCCGAAAUGGCUUCACACCAAUUGUCCGCGUCAAUCCGGUCUGCCGGGCCCAAAACGUCCAUCAAGCUGGAGAGGCUGGUGGAUCUCCUCCGGUCUCUUCAGUCUAUACGGCAUCAUCGGCCGAUGGAGCUCUAUACGCUGUUGGUGCAGAUGAGCGUGUAUGAGCGGCGGCCGGACAAGGCGGCGGAGAUAUUUGUGGGAUUGGUAGAGGAAUGGGUGACGGAAGGGAGAGUGGCAGAAGGGGCGGACGCUACGGGGUUCUAUGAGGGCGGGGGACCGCCUCGGAUCCUAAGCGACCGUAUGGCCCAGAAACAUCGGAGCUGGUGGACAGGUGUCCGGGCCUGGACACUCCCCGGAGAAGUCUUAUCCCCGCACGACCGGUUGGACCUGUGGCAUCCCGCCAAACUCUCCCUCGGUGGAAAAUUCCGAAGCUUCCCAUUUCCCCUCGCGACAAGUCCACCCAGUAUGGUCCCUCCUCCAUCUGGCCGCCUACUCGAUCCCAUCUUAUCCGCCCUACGGCUAGAUCCGGCCGUUGCCGCCCCCGCAGACUUUACAGCGUCCAUGCGCGCAUGCGCCAUACUGGCCAAUACCGUUCUCUCGCGCACACUCCCCCUCUCCUCCCUCGGCCCCCUUCUUCGCGCACUCGAAGCCACCCCCUCCUCACCGCCCGUCUACCCCGCGAGCCUCGCCCAUACACCCCCCAGCGGCGAUCUAUGGGCGUACGAAGCCUUUACGCAGAUCCACCUCGCGCUCCAGUCCUUCUUCUUCUCGCCGCCUAUCUCGGCCGCGUCAUUCGCGCUGGCACGGGCGAACGAGACGAUCCUGUCUGGAUCCCCACCGACGACGUACGCGGACAAGUACAGGCUCCAGCCCCUCGGGUUUGGGGAUGGGGUGAUACUGGUCAAGUAUGCGUUGGAGAAGAUGCGGAUGACCAAGGUGGUAGUCAAGCUCGUGGAGUACUUGAAGAGAUCAUUCAAUCUCGGAUGGGCGAGGCCGACGAUGUGGAAUACGGUCUUGAGCGGGGCGACGGUAUUGGGGGAUGAGAAAUUGGCGAGGGUGGCGGAUAAUGCGUUGUUUGGCAAGACGCCAUUAGCGAGGGGGAGGGCGAGUGAGGGGUCUGGGCCUGGGUCACAGUCGAGACAGAGGUCGAAGGAGAGGGAAAGAAAGACGGAGAAGGUGGAAGAGCACAUGACCCGCGCCCAGGCUCAAGCGGAGGGAUACCUCCCCAGACUCCUAUACUCGGACCGGGCGGUCAAUGUCCAAGCGGACGAAACGUCCCUCGUCUUGCUGCUGCAGCACCUCGGCAAGACGUCGCAGUUUGACCGACUCACGAGCGUCGUCUAUACCCUCAUCCCGUUCCUCUCGGAGAACAAGGACAAUACUCCCGGUCCUCAGGCCUCGUCGUCCGAACCGAGCGAAACCAGCCGGUCCGGUCGGACACCCCCCAAUCCCCUCACUCCGUCCCUGUACAACGCCAUCCUCUCCUCUCUCGCAUUGGCGGGCCAAACGGGCCUCGCGCAGAGAGUCUACCACCUCGCUCUCGAUGCGGAGAGACAGUGGGCGUGGGAGCAUGUCGAUAGGCACCCGACGGCGGGUCUGGGGUCGGUGCCGCAGAAUCUGAAAUUGCCGAUGGGGGUGUUUACGGCGAUGCUGCAUAUUUGG